AAUUUAUUUAUAAAAGAAGAAGUGAGUACUAGGUUAUGUUAUUAUUAUUACUAUCAAUUUUAACAAAAAUUUCGUAUUGAAAUCGAAAUUAGAGGUAAUGAAAGCCGUGUUAUUCCGAUAAAAAUCUAUAAUGUAACUAUUGCAAUGUGGUCCCAAUACGACGAAAACCUGUCAAUAAACCCAUUCUUUAAAGAAAUUUACAACAAUCACCCCGAUAUCAUCGAAGAAUCUUCAUUACGACAAUGGAUAAUUUGCGUACCACGAAUAGGAACAAUCGAAAAAGAAACGAUAACGAACGAAGUAAUAUUGGAUCAUAUUAUCGUUUCUACAAGAAAUACUGACGAUUCCGUGUAUACUUUAAGUAAAAAACAAAUAUUCGUAUCAAAUAAGAAGAUCUCGACGUAUCCAGGUGAUAAUAUUGAUAUUUUGUUUGAAGAAACUCAUUAUGUGAAUAAUAAUUCGAAAUUUCUUGUAUGGUGCAUCGAAAGACCGAUUUUUUCAGAAAAAUAUAGUUUUUAUUCGGAUUAUAAUGAAAAUUUAUCAAAUAUUCACGAUUGUAUCGAUUUUUUAUGGUGUUACCGUGAUAUUUUCGUUAAUUUGAAAAUUUUGAUCGAAAAUUUCAGUUUUGAUCAAAAUUUCGUGCUAGAAACUAUCCAAAAUCAAAAAGAACUAAUAGGAAUUUUAUUUUCUCGAUGUUUACAACGAUGUUUUACUUUUUCGUUAAUAAAAGAAAAGUGCAACAAGGAAAAUCGUUUUUUAAAUAAAAUUAAACAAGCCGUUGAGACUUAUAUGCAAUAUUGUAUCGGUAGGAAGCUUAUUUUCGGUAUAAACACGAUUUUACACGAAAAAGAUAGUAGUUUGAAUCGGAUCAUUAAAAAAAAUUCAAAUAUAAUGUAUAAAGACUUGGGAAUCGAAACCGGUUUUGAAUCGGUUAUUUUAAACGCGAAAUUCGAAUUAAAACAAUUAAAUAAUCACGAUACGGUACUAGAUAAGAUAUUUUGUUUGAAAAAAACCGUUACAACAAUUUUAGAUUGUGGUAAACAUGUUACAUCUGACGAUUUAUUACAAAUAUUGGUUUUUAUUAUAAUUAAAUCAAAUAUAAAUAAUUGGUACGGGAAUUUGAUUUAUAUUAAAGAAUUUAAUUUAAGUAACGAAGUUACCGAACAAACUUUAUUUUGUAUAUCAUCCCUCGAAGCAGCUCUAGAAUUUAUACUAGAACAUUUAUUAGAAGAUUUAAAUCGUAAUUUACCAUCGGAUUGUAUUAAAUCCCACCCUUUAAGCACGCGUAUCGAUUGUAUUAACACCCCCGAUCGUUACGGUACAAAUGAACUACUAUUAGAAGCUACGAAGUUAAGAAAACUUGAUACUAUUGAAUUUUUAUUAAAAACCGAUGUGAAUGUAAAUUUUUCAGAUUCUUUCGGUAGAACUAGUCUACAUUACGCUUGUUUAAACGGUUUCCAGGAUGUUUUAUUACUUCUAAUAACCAAAAACGCCGAUGUGAACGUAAAAGAUUUUGAACAAAACACCCCCUUGCAUUUAUCAUGUUUGAACGGUAACGAUAAUUGCGUUAAAGCUUUGAUUUAUUCGUCGAUGCGAACCGAAGUGAAUAUCGCGAAUUCUACGGGCGAUACGCCGUUAAUUAUAGCCGCUAGAUGGGGUUAUUUAGAUAUAGUUCAAAUUUUAUUAGAAAAUAGAGCUUCGGUUUUUAUAAAAAAUAAAAAAAAUCGUAGUGUUUUCGAUUUGGCGCACAACGCUUUUAUAUAUAAAUUAUGCGAAAAAUUUACAACGAAAAUCGAAAAAAUCGAAUAUAAUAAUUCUAAAAUACACGGUAUAAAACCAAAAAACGACGAGCAGUUAAAAAAAAUCGAUUUAUUAUUGAAAUCAAUCGAAAAUAACGAUUUCCCUUUAACUUGUUUUUAUUUAGGUUAUAAUAGUAUCGAUAGAAAUAUAAAUAAAGGUAAAUGUCAUCCUUUGUGUAUCUGCGAACGAUGUAAAAGUGAUUUAGACGAUCUAAAUCAUGUCACCACUAAUAAAUUACUUUUAAAUAUUAAUAUGUGUGAUAAUAAAGGUUAUACGGCUUUGCAUGUCGCUGCUAAAUACGGUAGAAACGAAAUUUUACGUAUUUUAUUAGAUAUCGGGGCUUUAUCGAAUUUAAAAACCUACCAAACUCUUUAUACCCCUCUACAUUUGGCUUGUAUAUACGAAAGGGUGCAAGUUAUAAGAGAAUUAGUGAAAUGCGGUGAUUGUAACAUCGAUGAACAAGAUGAUAUCGGUAAUACUUCGUUAUUUUACGCUUGUCAAAAAGGGAAUGUUAAAAUUGUUGAUAUUUUAUUAAAAAACGGAGCAGAUUGUGACAUUAAAAAUUUAUUAUUAAGCGGGGAAAAUAUGCAAUACGGUUUAUUUAAAUUAUUAAAAUCUUAUAGCAAAAAUUAUUCCUAACACUAUUUUUGUCAUAUAUUUUUAAUAUGAAUAAAUAUUAUGUUUGGUUUUUUAUUUACCUUUUCU